AUCAAGGUUGUGCUAUGUAUGAUGGACUCUCUCAGUCUGACAAGGAUGCUGUACUAGCUAAACACAAUGAAUUGAGAAGCAAGGUUGCUAAUGGAAAACAAUCUGGACAGCCCCCAGCCGCUAAUAUGAAAAAGAUGGUCUGGGAUGAAGAAUUAGCUAAAGAAGCACAAAAGAUUGCCAGCACAUGUAAUUAUGGUCACAAAGCUGUUUAUAUUAAUGGAGUAAAAGCUGGACAAAAUAUUGCCAUACAAUAUAACUCACAAUCAGUAGAAAAGUCAGAGCUAACAUCAGUCUGGGAAGCUAGAGUUCUAAGAUGGUAUGAUGAGGUCACUAGAAAUAAUUUUGAUCCUAAUAAUAUUUACCCAUUUGUGUAUAACCCCGAUACAGGUCACUACACCCAAGUUGUAUGGGCUGAAAGCUCAAAAGUUGGAUGUGGAGCUGCCUACUAUAAGAAACAAGGACAGUACAAUGCAUAUCUUGUAUGCAAUUACCUAGAGCCUGCUAACAUGCGGGAUGACGCAAUGUACAAGGUUGGUAAGGCAUGUAGUGCUUGCUCAGGCUCAUGCAGUAAUGGGCUUUGUGCUUAGUCCUUGAAAUUGUUAAGAAAAUGUUAACAAUUAAAAAUUGUAAAAUAAAUGAUAAAUAACAAUAAAUGUAAAAAUAUA